CUCUCCUCUCUCUGUGACUGUCUCUCUCUCUCUCUUUCUCUCUCAUAGCUCCUCAAGUGUCAUUUUCUCACAUAUACUUCACACAAAAGAAACAACCAUUCACUUCAUACCUUGUCAUUUAUUUCUCUCCUUUCUCUCUUCUCUCUCUCUCUCCUCUCAAUCCCAAAAUCUGCAACUACUCCUUCAAAAUUGAUCAAACCCCAUCUGAAAAACAAAAGAGAAAAAAAAAAAACCAGAAAGAAAUACUCUUAUAAUAUCACCUGAAUUUCCAAAACCCCCUAUUAUCCCGGCCCAAACUUGUUCAUACAUAUACGGCCUCACCCUUUGACAAAUACACCCUUAAUAUUCCUCUUCUAUAUAUCUAACAAAAGAGAGAGAAGAAAAACAAAAACAAAAAAAAUAGAGAGGAAUUACACAAGGAAUAUUUAAGACUUGGAGAAGCCAAGCUUAAUUUUCUUUGAUUAUCAUCAAUUUUUUUUUGUUGUAGUUAUUUUGGUUUUUUCUUGUACUAGCUGUUUACGUACCAAAAGAAAUGGAGCUAUUCCCAGCUCAACCGGAUUUGUCUCUCCAAAUCAGCCCUCCAAACGCAAAACCCACAUCGACUUGGAGACGAACGACAACGAAUGGUACGACCGGUACCGUGGAAGAUCAGGAGGUGAUGGAUUUGGGAUUUUGGAAGCGAGCUUUGGACUCGAGAAACUCCAUAUCUUCUUCAAUGGCGUCAAAAGCGGACAAUAUGAUAACAAGUAGUACCAACAACAACAGCAACAUGAACAUGAACUCCAACUGCUUCGACCUUUCUCUCUCCAACUCCAACAAUAACAGUACUCUUCUUUCUCAUCAUAAUCAUAAUCAUCAUCAUCAUCAUCAAUAUCACCACCAACAACACCUCCAAAACGGUAAUGGCAAUAGUCUUUUUCACAAUAGUACCAGUACUACUCCUUUCCCUCACCAAAACCAGUUAUAUACUCACCACCACCACCACCACCAUCAAAACGCGGCGUUUCAUCACCAGCAGCAACAAGGGUUGAGCCAGGAGCUGGGAUUCUUGAGGCCCAUAAGGGGAAUUCCAGUCUACCAAAACCCUCCCUCGUCGCCUUUUCCGUUCUCCCCCGCCGCGCAGGUUCUCGACACCGCCGCCGCCGCCGCCGCCGCCAAUUCCUUGUCGUCUUCCCUCGCCAACGGCGCCGCCGGCUCGUCGCCGUUUCAGUCUCAUCAUGGCCACCACCACCACCAGCAGCAGGCCGGGUUGAUGCGAUCGAGGUUCCUUUCGAGGUUUCCGGCGAAGCGAAGCAUGCGGGCCCCUCGGAUGCGGUGGACGACGACGCUCCACGCGCGGUUCGUUCAUGCCGUUGAGCUCUUGGGUGGCCAUGAAAGGGCUACACCAAAGUCAGUUCUUGAGCUAAUGGAUGUGAAGGAUCUGACCCUCGCACAUGUGAAAUCUCAUUUACAGAUGUAUCGGACGGUAAAGACCACAGAUAGAGCAGCGGCUUCUUCAGGACAAUCAGAUGCGUAUGAAAAUGGGUCGUCGGGUGAUACUACUGAAGAUUUAAUGUUUGACAUUCAGAACUCAAGAAGGUCUGCCGAACAAUCUUCUCAGCAGGAAAGGUCGGGUGCUAAUCAAGAUAAGGAAUAUCGUGGCCUGUGGAGCAAUUCUUCAAGCAGAGAAGCUUGGUUGCAUGGCAAACCAAAGGAUUCUGCAGGUGCAAAUAUACCAUCUCUAAUUGAUCAGAAGGAUAUGGAUCCUAAAUGCUUAAGCUACGAAAGAAUAUCAUCAGAUGAAGGGUCACCAACCAAUCUGUCGGAGAAUAGCCCCAAGAAGCCCAAUUUGGAGUUCACUUUGGGAAGGGCAAUUUGAUAAAUAAUAAUUAUUAUUUUUUUCAAAUUAGUCCUUCUCUCAGUAUUAAGUACUACUUCUCAUUUUAAAUUGAUUAAAUAUGUCUCUGAAGAAGGGUCCUGGAGCUGGGAGAGAGAUGAGAAUCAGGUACUCGCAGAGAAAAUCAGCGGAAAAGAAAGGAAAAGAAAAGAAAAGAAAAGAAAAGAGAGGAAAAAAAAGGG